AACCGUUUGACCUCCAGAGCGUACGUUGGUCAUCUUAUCGUGAAAAGCGCUACCGGAAGCAGGUUGCACGUGCCGCUUGCGAACUUAACGCUGUCGGAGAGUGGCUCGUCUCGCUCCAGCCUGACUGGAUUUACCUUCUACUGCAGCAGGAGACAAACAGGCUAAUAUGGUGAGCGCAAUUCGGACCGAAUGAACUUCAACCGAACCAGGCUCAGGCUCUCUGAAAGGCUCUGGCCCACCUCGGACUCCAGACAAGAUGACCGCGCCAGCGGACGCUGGUGCAGAGCAUAGGGCGAUUCACGCUUGACCGUGAGCUACGUGAGAGCUGCCCGGCGCUGACAGGCUCGACUAGCCGGCAGCUAACGUCGAGAUGUCCGCGGAGGGAAGCGGAACGAUCCGCACGCGCAUCAAGAACCUGCUGCGCUCCCCGUCCAUCAAGCUGAGACGGAGCGGCACCGCGCGGCACAAAAACGACCUGAGCGGCAAGGUGACGUUGGAGAAGGUUCUUGGGAUCACAUCUCCAGGAAAUCGGGCGCUGGCCUGUGACCCGCGUACUGGACUGCUGGCGUAUCCUGCUGGGUGUGUCAUCAUCCUGCUGAAUCCUCGCAAGAACAAACAGCAGCACAUCUUGAACAGUUCCAGAAAGGCAAUUACUACAUUGGCAUUUUCUCCGGAUGGGAAAUAUGUCGUAACGGGAGAGAGCGGUCACAUGCCAGCGGUUCGGGUCUGGGAGGUGUCGGAGCACGCUCAGGUCGCAGAGCUGCAGGAACAUAAAUACGGAGUGUCCUGCGUGGCGUUUUCUCCCAAUGGGAAAUACAUAGUCAGCGUGGGGUACCAGCACGACAUGAUGGUCAACGUGUGGAACUGGAAGAAAAACGUGGUGGUGGCAGCCAAUAAGGUCUCCAGCAAAGUGACGGCCGUCUCCUUCUCAUACGACAGCUCCUACUUUGUUACUGCUGGAAACCGGCACGUUAAGUUCUGGUACCUGGACGACACCAAGACCUCCAAGGUGAACGCCACUGUUCCCCUGCUGGGGCGUUCAGGGCUGCUCGGAGAACUACGGAAUAACUUUUUCAGUGACGUGGCAUGUGGCCGCGGGCGACAGUCCUCCUCCACCUUCUGCAUCACUUCAUCAGGUCUUCUGUGUGAGUUUAAUGACCGAAGGCUGCUUGACAAGUGGGUGGACCUGCGGAGAAUCGACUCUGCUUGUUCGUCUCAGGCCACCUGUCUGUCCGUCACCGAGGAGUUUAUCUUCUGCGGUUGUUCUGACGGGACGGUGCGAGUCUUCAGUCCCGUCAACCUGCACUUCCUCUGCUCUCUGCCGCGCCCCCACUGCCUGGGCGCUGACAUCGCCUGUGUAGUGGAAGCCAGUCAGCUCUUCUCCUCUGGAGAAGAAUCUCAUUACCCAGACACCGUAGCUGUGACCUUCGACCCCACCAAUCGCUGGCUAUCCUGCGUCUACAACGAUCACAGUCUUUAUGUAUGGGACGUCCAGGAGCUCCGCAGGGCAGGGAAGCUCUACUCGGCCCUCUACCACUCAUCCUGUGUGUGGGGCCUGGAGGUUUGCACAGAGGAAGGAGGAGCAGGUGAGGCGCAGCUCCCCCCCGGCUCCUUCUUAUCCUGCUCCUCUGAUAACACCAUCCGACUGUGGAACACCAACAGACACAAUGUCCUCCACAGGAACAUCCUGAGCAACGACCUGCAGAAGGUCCUUUACGUGGACAACAAUAUGAGCAGCCUCCUGGACAUGGACAGCCUCACGAUAGCCGGUGCCAACUCAGAGAAGUCAUCAAUGUCAGAGGGACAGCAAAUGGACCAGAACCGAGUGGGCAUUAGGACUCUGAGAGUCAGUCCGAGUGGAAAACACCUGGCCUCUGGAGAUCGCAUGGGAGUCCUCAGGAUCCACGAUCUGGAAAACAUGGAGGAGAUCUUGAAUGUUCAAGCUCACGACUCAGAGAUUCUCUGCCUGGAGUUCUCUAAACCAGACACUGGGCUCCAGCUGUUAGCCACUGCCAGUCGGGACCGUCUGAUCCAUGUCCUGGAUGCAGCCAGAGAGUACAGCCUGGUACAGACUCUGGAUGAACACUCGUCCUCCAUCACUGCCGUCAGAUUUGCUGCCAACGAGGGGAAGGUGUGGAUGAUCAGCUGUGGAGCUGAUAAGAGCGUCUACUUUCGCACAGCUCAGCAGAUGGGAGAGGGUUUGGAGUUCAUUCGGACGCAUCACGUUGUUAGGAAGACCACUCUGUACGACAUGGACGUGGAACCAACCAGGAAGUACGCAGCAGUGGGCUGUCAGGACCGCAAAAUCAGAAUCUUUAAUAUCGGAAGCGCCAAACAAAAGAGGGUGUAUAAAGGUUCUCAGGGCGAGGAUGGAACAGUUAUUAAGGUACAGAUCGACCCAUCAGGACUCUACAUCGCUACUUCCUGUUCAGACAAGAAUGUCUCCAUCUUUGACUUCUUUUCUGGAGAAUGUGUGGCCACCAUGUUUGGUCACUCAGAGAUCGUAACAGGGCUUAAGUUCAGCAGUGACUGCAGAUACCUGAUCACCGUGUCAGGAGACAGCUGUAUCUUCGUGUGGCGUCUAAACCCGGAGUUGACCAUCAGGAUGAGGCAGCGGCUCGCUGACCUUCGACCUCCCAGCACCGAUCCUAACUCCCUCAGUGCAUCUGAACAGAAUGCUGUAAAGCCCAGCGGGGCCACGCCCAGUCCCAGUGUGGUCAACCUGUCCUCUGAUAGCGACACAGAGGAGGAAGAGGGAGGGAUCACCACAGACAGCCCGGAAGAGGCUGCAGAAGUGUCUGAUGAGAUGCACAGCAGAGAGAUCACAAAUGAGACGUCCGAUGCUCCUCUCCCUCGCCGCCGCUGGUCAAGGAGGACAGCGGGCGCCGACGGUGCCCUGAUGGUGAAAUCCAUGUUAGACCUGAGGCUGCUGGACUCAUACUGCCUGGAGGGUCAGGAGGAGCAAGAGGAAGAGAGGACGUGGGCCUACGCAGACGACUCGAUCAGGAGGCAGGAUGUGGAGCCGAUGACUCAUCGAAACAAUGAUGAGCUGCAGAGUACAGUUAGUCUUCUGGUCCCCUCUGUGAGGGAAGAUGAUGAAGUGAAGAGCAAUCAGAGGCCAGAGUACUUUCUGCUGUCCCUUCAGAGCCUCGACAGAGAGGAUCCGGUUCUCUUCCCUGACAAAUGGGAGGAUAGAAUAAGCCUGGUGGGAAGUGACUUCCAGGUGAAGGAGGCGUGUCCCUCUGCUCCACAUGGACGGCAGGACAAACCCAGUCCGGACAGCGGCUGCUCACUCAGAUUCAGCUCUGCCUUGUCCAGUCCGGAGAGACCAGCUGCAGACGAUACAGAGCCUCUCAGUGUGGAUGGGAACUCCUCAGAGCUGGAGAUAGAGGAGGACGAGGACAAGGAAAGACAAGAGAGCCGAGAGGACGAGAUGCCUCAAGCAGUCCCUCAGACUCCAGACCAGGAGGCUUUCCUGAAGGAGCACUUUGUUACACUGGCUGAGUUGUCUGCUUCUGCUUCAGGUGAUCCAAACAGGACGUGUCACAGCUCCAGUGAGUGUCUCAGCAUCUCCUCAAGGUUCCUCUCCCAGAACAUCUGUGGAAGUCGGACUGACUUUCCUCCCCCAAUGUGGAGCUCCCAUGGAGGGGUGGGAGAGGUGAAAGCCAGGCCCCUGGUCUCUGAAGUCCGGCCCCUGGUAGACGGGAUCCAGAGCCGGACACAAGACAGCCAGGAGUCAUCGGACCAGCAGGAGACCUCAAAGACUCACCAGGACCAAUCACAGCUUCCUCAUGCACACAGUCAGAGUCUGCUACUGGGGGACGGAGCAGGGACCACCAGCAUAACCAAUCCCCCCAACAAGACUCCGUCACAGAAGGAGAAGGUCCAAAGCUCGGUCGAACCCAGAGGGAAGCAAGGCCUGGUGGUCCCUUCAGUUGCUUCCCACCUGACCUCUGGGCUCAAGAAGUCCCAGUCAGUCCACAAUCUGCUGGUCGGCACAGGAGACUCUCUGGACUCCCAGCUGAGCUCUGGUCCAUCCAGAGAUGCCCCCCCUCAGCGUCCCACCACUCUCCCCUCGUCCCCUAGGAAGCCGCUGUCCACAGCACAGUGGACUCUAAAGGUCAGCUCCAGCUGCCCCCGUUCCGCUAUGCAGGAGAAUGCCACGGCCACGCCGAGGAAGUCUUCCUCUCCCUCUCUGACAUCAUCAGCGCCUCGCUCCUACAUGAGUCCCACUGCCAGCUCCAUGGCUAAGAUGUCCCGCUCCGUCUCCAUUGGCGACAACCUCCACAUCUCUGAGCCUGCUGAGGAUGUUGCCGUGGCAUCCGGCUCAGCAGCGCCUCAGCUUAAAGAGACGCCAACCUGCCCGCCUCUCGUUGCCGUGGUGCACUCCAACGCCUCUCUGGCCACGCCCCAACAUGCUGCCAUUGUGCCUGUUGUCGCCUCUUCCUCUUCCUCUUCCUCAUUGCCGCUGUCACCGGGUAGCAAUGGGAACCGCGCAGGCCCUUCUUCCCGGAUCCUCCAGGCUCGCGUCCCGGGCAGCAGCCGGCCACUUCCGGACAAAAUCUCCCUGGACUCCUUGUCCCCUUCCUCCAAGCCUGCUGGCUCCGCCUCCUCAGAGCCGUCUCCCCUAGUGUCUGUCUGUCCUGUGGGACUGCCCCGACAAGAGGACACUCUGACUCAUGCAGGUACCAGUGGAGACGCCAUAGACGAUCCAGAUCAGCCGGUCAGCCUGGAGACAUGCAAGGUUCUGACCAGUGAACUGCAGCGAUGCUUUAAGAGAGCAACACAUCUGUACAGGAAGGUAAGCGGCUCCUCGGCAGAUGACUCCUCCCCCAGCCAGUGUCAGAUGUCUCUCCUCCUAUCAGAGGCCUUCCAGGCCAUGAGGGCGGAGCUGGACGCUCUCCCUCUGGGCUCGCCCAGUAUGCAGGCGCUGGAUGGGGGUCUUAGGGGGGUGGGGGAGGUGAAGACAGCAGCUCUACUUGAGGAGUACUCACUGCUCCUCCUACAGGCCGUCAACAGGAAGAUCAACACCUCCACCUGAGCUGCUUCCACUCCAUACAUUAAACUCAAACUACUUUUUUCUCCCUACUUUUGAAUACCUUACAUUUUUUUAAUUCCUCCUUGUCUGACACUGUUCAGUGAACCUUACAGCUGCAGCCUCACUCACCACUUCACCUCCUCAUUCAUCCUGCACUCAGUUUUUUUCUCCUGAACAUUCAGUGCGUUUUUGUCACACAGAAAGCACAGCGGGGGGCCAACGUGGGGCUCAGUUUUUGCACUUGUUUACACGUCGACCAGAGGAGAUGGGACCUGAAGGAUUCUCUCUCUGCUUUGUGAAUGACAACUCUACCUCCUGAUCGCCAGCUGACCCCAGAAACAGUGUCAAACUAUCUUUUGGACACAUUUUUAGAUUGUUUUUGUUUUAUUACCAGGACCUUUAAAGUCUGUCUGAAGCUCUUGCAGACGAUUGCUUACUGUAAAGUAGGAGGAAGUGAAAACCAGCGAUCAAAGAGCAAUACUUUGUCCAGACUUGAUUGAUGUAAAUGUUCCUGCAUCUGCAUGAUUCCUGAAGCGAACAAAUAACACUUUGUAUUUAUUGAUGAGCUGUUACACUACUGACUCCGGCCCACAGAGACCGGAGUGUUUUUAGAAUUCUUAAGGUGGAAGUCUUGAUCUGAGCCUUAAUGCACCUUUCUUCACCUUUUACGGGGCUUUGUCAGGUCAGAGCUGGGGGACUUUGAGAGUUCUGUUUUCUGUUGUUUUUUGUCACGUUUAAUAAAAGUUUCACAUUUUA